UAUAAAAGUUGAAACUAUUCGGAAUAGAAUUAUAGUUCAGCAGUACACUUUAUUCAGUUAACAACUUGCCCUUCCAAACACAUUCAAGAUGUUCACAAAAUUGAUGUGCUUCGCCUUAUUGGCUAUCUCGUGCGUUUCGGCCAAACCAGGAGUUGCUUCCCUGGCGUAUUCGGCACCAGUUGUGGCUGCGGCAGGACCUGCUUUCGUGACGGCUCAGAGCUCACAGGUGGUGGCUAGAAACUACAACGGAAUUGCUCCAUUGGCCUAUACUGCAGCGGUUGCCGCACCAGUUGCCGCUCCGUUGGCCUACUCGGCUCCCAUUGCCAAGGUUGCUGCUCCAUUGGCUUACUCUGCACCGGCAGUAGCUGCUCCCGUUGCAUACGGUGCCAGUCCUUUGGCUUACUCAGCAGCUCCCGUAGCCCGUGCCAUUGCGUCUCCGUAUGCCGCUUAUGCUGCUCCCUAUGCUGCUCCCUAUGCUGCCCCUUACGCUGCCCCCUAUGCUGCCCCAUAUGCUUCGGCAUAUGCUGCUCCGUAUGCAGCUGCCUACACUGCACCGGCUCUAGCCGCUUACAGAUCAUACAAUCCGUAUCUACUGCUAAAGCAACCUCGUGCAGCGUCAGCAGAACCACCCAACCGAAUCAAAAUGUUUGCCAAAUUGUUCAUCCUCGCAAUCGCCGCCAUUGCCGCCGUGGCUGCCCGACCAGGCAUUUCAGCUGUCACCUCUUACUCAUCUCCGGUGGUUAGUGCUGUCGGCCCAUCCGUCUAUGCUGCCCGUAGCUUCCCGUAUGCUGCCGUUUCUCCCGUCACCGCCUACAGUGCCCCCGUUGCAUCCUACGCCUAUGGAACCCCAGUGAGCACCUAUUCGGCCGGAGUUCCAUACGCUUACUCCGCCGGCGUUCCAGUUGCCUACUCCAACUUUGCCGGAGUGGCCCCGUACACGUACUACUAGAAUCUUUCAGCUUCAACUUGUCGCUCGCAACUAAGCACCGAUUUGGACACUCUCAACGGAAUUGAAAGAUUACUAGCUCUCUGGUCAAUUGUAAAAUUACAAACAAACUCAUGGAAAUACAACUUGUAGAAAUGUAAA